UUAAUAAGUGCCAUUAACCCAAAUUGUAAAUGAAAAUAAAUACAACUAUUUGGAAAACCAUCUGAUCAAUCACUUUUUUUCCCUUCUUCUCAAAAGAAUGCAGAAUCGAAAACCCUAAUCCAAUCUCCGCGGGGUAAUCAAUUCUUGAUCAAAAGUAAUGGAAGCCGCGGCCGAGGAAGAACAGGAUGGGCUCUCAGUUCAUUCGCCAGGCCAAGCUCCCCCUUCGUCGGCCUCCUCUUUACCUAAAGAGCACUCGCAGGUCGAUUUGGAGCUGAGGAUUUUGGAAGCUCUGGAAAUCUACCCUCCCUCCAAAUUAAAAGGCGUGCAUCGGCACUUUGUUCUUUAUGGGCUGAUGGAGUUCAUGCAGAGGAGCUUUGACAGACACUUCUCAGCAGAUGAAAUUUUGCAGUUGUUAGAUCGGUUCUUCAAUUUGGAAAUGUUGAGUUGGAGAAUGGGUAUUUCUUCAUCCAAUAUUUUGCAUGAUUCAUGCAAAGUAGACCUGCAUUUCCAUAUCCACGGUUGAUAGAUCUUGACGAAGCGAGGAUUAGCUUGGCAUGCAUCUGAUUGGAAGUUGAAUGUCUCAGAAAAUUUUAAUAUGGGUCAUUAUAAGUUCUGAUGUCAUAUUACCUGCUUCAAGAGAAUGCCUUUACUUCUUUUUUUUUAAUUUUUAUUUAUUUAUUUGCUUUGUGUUCAAGGGUUUUCGCAGAUGAGUGUUUGUUGUAGUAUUUACGCUCAUAAUCAAAUAUUUUCUGUUUGGGCCAAUGACAUAGAAAUACUAAUUGUAUAUGGAUUUUACUUUAUCUAGAAACCAGAAGAUGAUGAAACAGACACUUUGAAUCAAGAAGAAGGCUUUUCCCUACCACAGCAGUUCUUCAAUAAGGAAGAACCAUGAGACCGAUUAAUAAGGUAUUGUCGUUUCCGUUAUCACCUUUGCUAUGCGAAAACACAAUGCUCUUAAGCAUUCAAUCAAAAUUUGGUUUCCUUCAGACCUUACCUCCUCUGUUUAUGAUCUCAAAGACUUGCUAGUUUUUGGCAUAUCAGCCCCCCGUUUUUUUUUUUUUCUC